AGGAACUUGUAGGAUUCAACCAUUUAUUAUUAAUAUUAAGUGGAGUCAAACAGGAAGGGUUUUUCUUACAAAAUGCAUUACAUUAAAAAAAGAUAAAUUAUUAUAAUUUAUACAAGCUACUAUUUAUUGUUUACAUACACAGAAAUUACACAGACAACAGCAGCACUCACCUGGAACAAUAGUGUUUUAAUAAUGUGAUUGAUUUACAUUUUUUAUCCACUUCUGAUGCACAUCAUAUAAUGGUUCACUUGUGUUAUGUAAUUGAAGCAGCGGCAUCAUCCACUCAUGACCGCCGGCGCAAGAGUUUGGAUGAACCUCCCGAAAUAAUAGCUGGAGUCAUUCGUCCCAGAGAUGAAUUUAUUGAGCUCUAUGAGAGAGAUCACCUUGAACUCCAACAGUGCACAGAGAGACUGCACAGUAUUAUCGAAGAAUUUGAAGAAGAUUACAGACGUUCUCCUGAAGCCUCCAGAGAUGCAGGAUGGCUGGGAAUCAGUGGAGGUGUUGCUCUGGUUGCAGGAAUAGUUGCAGCUCCAUUUACUCUGGGAACUUCUCUUCUUGCUGCUGCUUAUGUUGUUGUCACAAGAGUACUGGCGCUAAGAGCUGCUCUAUUUUCCCGUGGAAUAAACAGCUCUAAUAAAAUGCGGCAGAUGACAAAAUUAAGACAAGACAUUGAAGCUGAACUGAAAGAAUUUCAGGAUAAAAUCAAGCCUAUGAUUGAAAAGAUGAACAAAAUUAAGCUUACUGAGAAAAUAUUGAAAGAGCAAGAUGUCAUACAGAUAGAAGAUGUUGUUGAAUUGACUGCGCAGAUGUCUGCAAAUAUGCAUUCAACUGCAUCACUAGCAGCAGAUGUUGGCAGAUUUAACUUUGUGCUUGCUAUGAUCUCAGUUUUCGAAAAUACCAGUGUGCUCGAAGACAUGAACAAACUAGCAGAAACACCCAUAGAUGAAGAAAUAGACGAAAGUGGGAUGACAUCAAAGGCUGGAAAAUUCAUUGUUGAAAUGAAGAAAUUCAUUCAUCAGCUACAGAACAUCACCAUCAAACUUCAGAAAGCAAAAGACAAAAUAGUAAUUUAUUAGGAUAUAACGUGACAAAAGGAAAUGGCACAAUUGAGACACAAGUUGAUACUUGAUUCAGUUAACAACAGCUAGUUACUAACAUCUCUCUGCUAUGAAUCAUAAUCAUUAAACAGGACACAACCAUAUAGGAUGUGUUAUGUACGCCGUUACGCACGCUGUGUAUGUGCGUCAUGUUUAUGUAUGUGUGGUAGUCUUGCGUUGUGUGUUCCAGAUCCCAUUGGUCCCUCAGCCUCAGUCAUUCUGAUGACAUUCACGCUGCCAAACACCUUUCAACGCCCAGUUUUAAAAGCCUGUAUAUCCCCCGCGACUCCAGCUGUUUUGCUCAAUUCGCUUUCGUUAUACUGCUGUUUGCUUGUGUGUGAUUUGUUGCUCUGUUUUUGUUCUGAGAUUGUUUUCUGUAUAUUUUACGUGUGCUUAAUACUUGUUAGAAGAGUCCUUUGUUGUUGAUUUGUUUGUACAGUGUAUAGUUGCGUUUUACUGUUCAGUCUUUCCAGUUAAUCACGUUUUGUGUGAGGCUGGGAAGGUGCGUGCAGGUAAGUUGGUCACGCGACAUACGUGCAACAUUUUCCCUUCUGUAUUAGACACACUAGGUUUUGGAGAGAGUGCCACCCUCUGUAUGUUUUUUCCACUGUUUUUCGUUAGGUUGUGUAGUUUAGUUAGGGCGUUUCUACUCCGAAGAUCUUUUUCUUUCUACAUUUUCUUUUUGGUAGUUAGUUUAGUUUGUUAAAAAUAGUUGUGUUUUGUUUUAUUUCUUUUAUUUGGCACCUCUCGUUCUCCCCUUCCCGCCUCUGCUCUGUUAUUCACUGUUUGUUAUUCGUUUUCUGUAAAUAUUGUA